AUGUAUUCCAAUCCACCAAUCACCAAAAGGCCCCCAGGAGACGCCCGUCCCACCGCGCUCCAAAUCGUCAAAGACGCAGGCUGCGAAGAUGCCUUGAUCGGAAAAGUGAUCCUAAUCACAGGUUGCUCGUCUGGCUUGGGCAUAGAGACCGCGCGCGCAUUAUACCACACUGGAGCAACACUAUACCUUACUGCUCGCGACAUGGAGAAGGCAAAGUCUGCAUUGGGCGAUAUAAUGGCAAGCACUCGAGUCCGCCUUUUGCACCUUGACUUCAACUCCCUGGCAUCUGUGCGUGCAUGCGCUGAGGAAUUCAACUCAAAAUCUAAUACUCUGAACGUCCUCAUUGCGAAUGCCGGCGUGAUGGCAUGCCCGGAAGCCCAAUUUUUGUUGUUUUAUCUUCUAAAAUCCCGCCUCCUUUGCUCGUCAACCCCGGCUUUCAAUUCUCGGGUCGUCAUUGUUGCGUCUAGUGCCCACUGUGUCUCCUACGUUCACUUUGACAAUCUCAGCCUGGAAGGGGAGUAUGAGCCCUGGAAGGCCUAUGGCCAGAGCAAAACUGCCAACAUCUGGACGGCGAACGAAAUCGAAAGACGAUACGAUGCCCAGGGCCUCCACGCUUUCAGUUUGCAUCCUGGUGCCAUCAUGACUGAGCUUCUUCGUCAUGUAUCAGGCGAACAGAAAGCUGACUGGGAGAGAAAUGAGUUUUUGACGAACUAUUGGAAGAGCCCCGAACAAGGUGCCGCGACCACCGUUAGGGGAGCAGUUGCCAGGGAACUAGAAGGCACCGAAAGCAGUACUUGGAUGACUGUCAAAUCGCACCACCGGCCGAUCCUGUACAGUGGCAUGGGCCCGGCUAUGCGGCAUGGGCGUACAGUCUAG